UCACUGCAAUACCCCUUUUGAGAGGUGCAAUUCCGACCUUUAUUAAAAAAAAAAAAAAAAGACCCUGCCAGCCCCAGCUCCACACGCUCCUCAGAAGCCACGUUAUCUUGCAGACUUGGCCCGCAGUCAUUGCAAGCCUGGUCUUCCGCCUCCCAAACCUAGCGGUGCUGUCUGCUUGAGCGUUACCCCCACGCACCAACGGGGUAUCAGACCUUUAUGAUACCGAAGCGCCAAACUCGCACCGGAGUCCUUUCGGAGACGAAGGGGAACACUGGGGCUGUGAAGGGGUUCCCCAGCCCCUUCCACGGAGCCCUCUCUGAGCCGUCCUAGGGGCAAAGAGGCGCGAGGGGCAUCCGUAUCUCUUAAAGCAGCAAUGUCAACACCCUUUUAAGGGAGGCGCGGAGGAUGGCGGAGCCCAAGAUGUGAAGGUUUGGGGAGCUGACACGUUCGGGGACCCCAGAGUACGGCCGGUCGGUUGGUGGCCAGGUGACAAGCAGGACACAGGCGACCGGCCACCCUGGAGGGGACUUUUGCCUCCGCGGAAGCUGUGCCUUGAAAAGAAAUUUGAAGAAGGAUCAAAUCUUGCUACGAUAGAGAGAUGGAGAGCAACAAACAGAACGUGACCCCAUCUCUGGUGUUCGCUGUUACUGUUGCCACAAUCGGUUCUUUCCAGUUUGGCUACAACACCGGAGUCAUCAAUGCGCCUGAGACAAUCAUUAAGGACUUUCUUAACUACACGUUGGAAGAGCGGUUGGAAGACCUACCAAGCGAGGGGCUGCUGACCACGCUCUGGUCGUUAUGUGUGGCCAUCUUCUCCGUUGGGGGCAUGAUUGGCUCUUUUUCUGUCGGACUCUUUGUCAACCGCUUUGGCAGACGCAACUCCAUGCUUCUAGUCAACCUGAUUGCCAUCCUUGGGGGUUGCCUUAUGGGCUUCGCCAAGAUAGCGGAGUCGGUUGAAAUGCUGAUCCUGGGCCGCCUGAUUAUUGGCAUCUUCUGUGGUCUGUGCACGGGCUUUGUGCCGAUGUACAUUGGAGAGGUGUCUCCCACUGCCCUACGGGGUGCAUUUGGCACGCUAAACCAGCUGGGCAUCGUUGUUGGGAUCCUUGUGGCUCAGGUCUUUGGUUUGGACUUUAUUCUGGGCUCUGAGGAGCUGUGGCCUGGACUACUGGGCUUAACCAUCAUUCCAGCUAUCCUACAGAGCGCAGCCCUUCCGUUUUGCCCCGAGAGUCCAAGGUUCUUGCUCAUUAACAGAAAGGAGGAAGACCAAGCGACGGAGAUCCUCCAGCGGUUGUGGGGCACCCCGGAUGUGAUCCAGGAGAUCCAGGAGAUGAAAGACGAGAGUAUCAGGAUGUCACAGGAGAAGCAGGUCACUGUGCUGGAGCUCUUCAAGUCUCCUAGCUACUUCCAGCCCCUUCUCAUCUCCGUUGUCCUCCAGUUGUCUCAGCAGUUCUCUGGGAUCAAUGCUGUGUUCUAUUACUCGACGGGAAUCUUCCAGGAUGCGGGUGUCCAGGAGCCCAUCUAUGCCACGAUUGGAGCGGGUGUGGUCAACACUAUCUUCACUGUAGUCUCUCUGUUCCUGGUGGAGCGGGCAGGAAGGAGAACCCUGCACAUGAUAGGCCUGGGAGGCAUGGCUGUUUGCUCCGUUUUCAUGACGAUUUCUCUGUUACUGAAGGAUGAAUAUGAAGCCAUGAGCUUUGUCUGUAUUGUGGCUAUCUUGGUCUACGUGGCCUUCUUUGAGAUUGGCCCUGGCCCCAUUCCCUGGUUUAUUGUGGCUGAACUCUUCAGCCAGGGCCCCCGACCAGCUGCCAUGGCUGUGGCUGGCUGUUCUAACUGGACCUCCAACUUUUUGGUGGGAAUGUUCUUCCCCUCGGCUGCGGCCUACUUGGGAGCCUACGUUUUUAUCAUCUUCGCUGCCUUCCUCGUUUUCUUCCUAAUCUUCACCUUCUUCAAAGUCCCAGAGACCAAAGGCAGGACUUUCGAGGAUAUUACCCGGGCCUUCGAGGGGCAGGCGCAGUCUGGGAAAGGCUCUGCUGGUGUGGAGUUGAACAGCAUGCAGCCUGUCAAGGAGACCCCUGGCAAUGCCUGAGCCGGACCUCCUCCCUCACCUCCCUCCACUGUGGAAAGCAACCUCCCCUGAAGUGGGGAGACCUCAUCAGGAUGAACCAGGACUGCUUCUGAGCGCUGCUAUUCACACCCCACACACUCCAUGAAAACUCAGCUGCACCCAAUGCUGGGGUUGGUCAAAUCGCCAAUGGCUUUUAAGUGUUUGAUCUGGGGGAUACUUCUCUUGUAAUCGGGAGAGACCAAGUAAGCCUACCUUCAUAUUGGGAGGGGAGGGGCCACAGCUCCCCUUAGGUUCUAAAACCUGCUCAUUAAGACAACUAGGGAGUAGGAGGGGGGGCAGCACUCCCCCCACCACCACCUUAGCUUGCCAGGAAACAGAUCUUCAUAACCAGUGUGGAGGGCCCUGGGGAUUGAACAAGGGAGCCCUCCUCACUUGAUACAGCUCUGCACAGCAAAAUAACUUGAGUUUUAUUUAUUUUAUCUUCAGGUUGAAUUGCAUAAAUAUUUAUUUUUUUAAGUGUAAUUUUACCAAAUAAUGAAAGAGUGACGAAAUUGAGGUUGGAGGGAGGUGUUUUAAAGGAGGUUCUGGAGGAAAGAAAGUUUGGUGCUGGAGAGAGAGAGAGAGAGAGGGUACAACAGGGAGGGAGGAUGGAUGUUUACUGGUGGCCUGUGAGCCACCACCAUUGUUAAUGGAGGGAGGCUCUCCCUUGUUAUUUCUCAGAAGACUGAAUGUCUGUACCAAAAGGCUCAUGGCUUUCUCUGGGCCUUUCCAUUUAAGGUUAUAGUUUUUUAUGUAGUGUUACUAAAAUCUAGGCUUGUUACUAAAGUGGGCUUUGUAGUUAUUGGUAUCGGUGGAUUUUUAUGUUACUUGGAGUCCAGAACAGGGAGAGCUCACCACAAACCUCUCCUUUCCCUGGACCAAACACCCUCUCUGUCCUGUGAACUCACCUUUUCUUCUCUGUGGGUCACUCCCAUUACCACACUGGUGAGCGAGCCAAAUGGAUGAGAGACACAAAGACCGUAGUUCUUGAGAGACAUUAUUUUUUUCAACUUUGUUUUUUAAGAGAUUUUAUGUGUUGAUUUGUUUUGGUUUGGUUUAAAGGGAUUCAUAGCUAACUUGGAUUUUUGUUACCUCAGCUCUGGGAGAGGAUUUUUGCUGAAUGACUAUUAAUUACCUGAGCAUUGUUGCUCUGAGGUCAUGGCAUGCUAGCCUAUGUCUGUUACAGUCUCAGGCUGCCCUUGUUUCCUCGUUCCUGUGCUAUUGUGCUACACGCUCAAGGGGCCUUGACUCUGCUUACACACAUUAGGGGCAGUGUGAGUAAAUGUGCAGUGUCCACACUUGAGGACAUGAAUGUCUGCACUGUCACUUUGCUCUGGGUGUGAAGUCCCUGGUCCCCUUGCUCCUGUAGCUUUCUUUUGAUCGACUACUGGAACUCAACCCUGUGUACAAGAGCAGCACUGCCUCUGGUGGGUGGUGUUUGCAGCCAGGAUUAGAUGCCAGUCCUCGGGUUCCCUGGCCUUGUUGGAAAGGUGUGCUUCCUUGAGGUCUGAGAAUGGAAGGCUCUGCCUCACUCUAGCUAGGAGGCGCAAUGGGAAAGUAUGAGUUCAGGGCGUCAGGGCAGUGGCUCCUGAAGAGCCAGCUGUGGACAGAGGGAGUGAGGCUUUAUUUAAAGUGACAGGAAGAAACAUGGCGUUUUGGUAUAUUGGGAGCAAUGCCAAGAUUCCCUCCUGCCCUACAUAGGUCACAGACACCUUCCCAACCAUCCCCUCCUCCACUUCCAUAAAUGAAGACAGCCCUGAUGACCCUCACCCCUUUUGCAUAGGUCACUGGAUCCCACUGUCCUUCCUCGGUGCUUACACACUUUACAGACCCUUUAGGCGAGCCCUUGCAUAGAGCGUUAUCUCAGUGCUCCAUUCCAGUCCUGACUCCCUGUGGCCAUUGAGACUUUGGAUUUAAGAACUCACAUUGCUAGGGAGAGGGGCUUUGCUGGGAAAGGUGACUCCUCUGUAACCUAGCCUCUUGUGCUCCUCCAUGACAGAAAUGCUGGGUGGAGUUUUACAUUUGCCAAUGGCCAGCUUGUGAAUAUCUUCAUAUACACUUUCUAUUCAUGUUACUGUAGUUUCUGUUUUGAAAUAAAACUUCUGAAUGUA